CCAUAAAACUGCAGCGUAGCAAAGACAGACUCAAAAACGUGGAUUCAGACUCCUAGGGUUUCAGACAAGCCUAAAAAACCAUUCCUUUUUCAGAGCUGGGUUCCAUUUCUAACAUGUAUGGUUGAAUUAGUCCAAUACUACAACUUGUGUACCGUAAAGUAGUUUUAUAGUGUGUGAGGAGAGUCAUAAAUGGGAUAGUGUGCUCAAGCUGCAGCGAUUGGAGAGGAGUAGUAACAGCAAGAAGUGGGGACUAUAUAGACCCACACAUUCUAGAGGAAACAGAGCAGUAAAGAGUGUAGAAAUUCCUCACAUUCAGGAGUUCAUUCAUUUGCAGGUCCCUAUCUUGCUGUAUUCUAGAUUAAACACGUGCCUCGUACGCUCUGUCUGUGGUCCCAUUUGUGAAACGAUAGCUCUUCUUUCAAUGCACAUGCCGCUUGAAGCACACCUGUUCAUGUUCAGAAGCCAAGACUGUACAUGACGACAUCCAGGGGAGCCUGUUUCAUGAUGAGUUUUCGCUUUGAAGCCGUAUCAGAUCUGGCUUCAGUGAUGAGAUACUGUGGGGAAAUGUUGGGACCUGGUAAGAGUUGAGAUGAAGAACGCCGAACAUGACAGCAGGGAGCAUGAAAAGAGAGGAGAAGCACAAAUGGGAGUCCGAGGGAGGAAAGGUUGGUGCAAAUGAUGAAUCCACAUCAUAAAAGUAAAAAAGGGAGGUGAGUGGUAUCUCAGGAGGAAUGUGAUAAAAAUACAUUCCAGUUUCUGUCAAGCACAGAGUUAAGUGCAAAGCUAUGAUCUACACGGAUUCCUAAUAUGACUCUUUGAGAAUGGUUUCAAAUGAUAUUUUCUUGCCUAUUAAGACCUUUCAGUCAUUUUGUUCCCAAAUGUCUCAAGGACAGAUAUUAGAGGUGCACUAAGGGCCUGAAUGCAAACUAUUAGAACUUUCACUUAGUUACUAAGCAUCUGCCUUUCUUUAUGUGUAUCUUUUGCUCUAUGUACCACAGCAUUAACACACUUUAACGAGAAUCUGACACUUAGGAGUUGGAGGCAAUGUAAAGUUUGAAUCACAGGGUGUCCUUGGUGCUCUGGGAUGUGAUGGUGGUCAAGAAAUUCAUGAAAAAUUCACGUGAAACAACAUGAGGGAGGAGGAGACAAUGAGCAUGGAGCUGGAGUCAGAGCUGGAGGAAGGAGUUUGACAAAACAGAAGGGUGUGUGUGGGUGAGACCAGGACGUAAUGGUAUGGAAAAGACAGUGAGGGAGUAAAACAAGGGAGUGGGUGUGUUAGAGGAAGAGAGAGAGGGAGAGAGAGAGAGGGAGCGAGAGAGAGAGAGAGAGAGAGAGAGAGAGAGAGAGAGGAGGUUGUUGGUAUAAAAGCUCCCUCUCUCACGUGUGCUCCCAUAUCUCCUGUGUAUUUUUGGGGGGGUAACGGGUGUAUGUGUGUGUGUGUGUGCGUGUUAUUUAAAAGACAAGAGGAGUGUGUGUUUGUGCCCUCGCAGUACAGAGGACUGAUAACUGACCAGGAUGCAUCAGCUGCCAGUGGUGACCUUAGUGCUGGUGGCGCUCUGCUCUCUGGGGAGCGUCGACUCCUCAGCCUAUGACAAGAUAGUCACUCACAGCCGCAUACGGGCCAGGAAUGAAGGACCCAAUGUGUGCGCUCUGCAGCAGGUCCUGGGCACCAAAAAGAAGUACUUCAGCACAUGCAGGAACUGGUACAAAGGCUCCAUCUGUGGCAAGAAGGCUGUGGUCAUAUAUGAAUGCUGUCCUGGGUACAUGAAGCUGGAGGGCAUGAGAGGAUGCCCUGCAGUGGCUCCUAUCGACCAUGUUUAUGGCACGCUUGGCCUUGUAAAGGCUACAACCACACAACAAUACUCGGAUAUAUCCAAGCUGAGAGAGGAAAUCGAGGGCAAAGGUUCCUUCACCAUGUUUGCACCAAGCAAUGAUGCCUGGGAUCAGCUGGAGCCUGAUGUACGAGCUGCACUGGUGAGCAACGUGAACAUCGAGCUGUACAACGCUCUUCACUUCCACAUGGUGAACCGUCGUCUUGUGACCAAAGACCUGAAGAAUGGCAUGACUCUUACCUCCAUGUACAAUGACCAGGGGCUCUACAUCAAUCACUAUUCAAAUGGGGUUGUGACAGUGAACUGUGCCAGGAUCAUCUAUGGUAACCAGGUGGCCACAAACGGUGUGGUGCAUGUGAUCGAUCGGGUGAUCAGCGCUGUGGGUAACACCAUCAAGAAUAUACUGGAUGUCAACGAGGACCUCUCCUCUUUCAGCGCUGCAGCAAUAGCUUCUGAAAUGAUGGACAAGCUGGACCAACCUGGCCAGUUUACUCUGUUUGCUCCAACUAAUGCAGCCUUUGACAAACUGAGCCCAGGCUACCUGGAGCGGAUCAUGGGAGACAAGACUAUUAUUGCAGCCCUGGUGAACUAUCACCUCCUGAACAGCGUCCAGUGUGCAGAAGCCAUCAUGGCAGGAUCCGUGUAUGAGACUGCAGAGGGCAGCACCAUCGAGAUCGGCUGCGAUGGCGACACUCUGACUGUCAAUGGCAUCAAGAUGGUGCUGAAGAAAGACAUCGUAGCCUCCAAUGGCGUCAUCCACCUCAUAGAUCAAGUGCUCGUCCCAAACUCAGCCAAGGAAGUGAUGGAGCUUAUUGGAGAGUCCCAGAGCACGUUCAGCGACAUGGUGUCCGAACUGGGCUUAGCUGCUGCUCUCAGUGCAAAGACAGAGUACACACUGCUCGCUCCUCUCAACACUGCUUUCACUAGUGAGGUGAUGUCAACAGACCAGAGCCUGCUGAGAGUCAUUCUGGAAAAUCACAUCUUGAAGUUAAAAGUCACCCUGAGCGAGCUCUACAACGGACAGCUGCUGGAAACAAUUGCUGGCAAACUGCUCAGAGUCUUCAUUUACCGCUCUGCGGUGUGCAUAGAAAAUGCAUGUAUGACACGUGGAGGUAAGGAGGGAACCAAUGGGGCUCUCUAUCUCAUGAGGUCUCUCAUCAAACCGGCCGACAAAACACUCUACGAACUCCUGAUUGCUGACGGACGAUUCAAGAUUUUCCUGUCGCUGAUGGAGACAGCAGGUCUGGAUGAGCUGCUGAAGCAGGAAGGCUCCUACACCAUCUUUGCACCGACUGACGAUGCCUUUGAUGGCCUCAGUAAAGAGGACUUUGCUCUGCUCAAAAGUGAUCUAAAUGCUUUGAGAACCAUUCUGCUGUACCACGUCAGUAAUGGUAUCUUCAUCAAUGAAGGAUUAGAGGGAGGAGUUACCAACCUGCUGAAAACCUUCCAGGGCAACAGCCUGCAAGUUAUAUCCGUGAACAACUCUAUCCACGUAAAUUCUGUGGAUGUGCCACACAGCGAUCUGAUGGCAACAAAUGGAGUGAUCCAUGUGGUGAAGAAUGUUCUGUAUCCUGGGGACCUUCCUGUGGGCCGUCAGGACCUCCUGGUUCUCCUGAGGAAGCUGAUUAAGUACAUCCAGAUUAAGUUUGUUUCUGGAUUUUCUUACGCUGAGAUCCCUCUCACCUUCCUCAAGAGGACCAUAACAACUACUCAUUAUAUUGGAGUUCCUGAUUCCACAAAGGUGAUCAGAGUCAUUGAAGGAGAGCCGACCAUCACCAAGGUAACGAGAGUCAUAGAGACAGAGCCAACAGUCACUAAGGUGGUGGUUGAGGGUGAGCCUGUGAUCACCAAGGUAACGAGAGUCAUCGAGGGAGACCCAUCCAUCACUACAGUGACCCGAGUCAUGGAGGGGGAUCCUUCACGCAGCAAAGUCACUCGAGUCAUCGAGGUGGAUCCUUCACGCAGCAAAGUCACCCAAGUCAUCGAGGGGGAUCCUUCACGCAGCAAAGUUACCAGGGUCAUUAAGGGAGGGUCUGCCAUUACCAAAGUUACAAGAGUUAUCGAUGGUACAGAGGUUGAUGCCGAUGGAAAGAGGAUUACGGGUGGAGCCAGAUACACCACGGCGAACGAGCCUCAGAUCAUUGAGGGUCCAGACUUCUCCAAGAUCACCACCAUCCAUGGCAACCCCAGUCUGAUCGAUGAGGAAUCGGAGAGAAUUACCAAAAUCAUUCAAGAAGGAGGUAAAUUUGCUGCUGCCAGGAAAGCUCCAGCUGGAAUGAGGAGGAGAGCGAGGCUGGUCAGACAUCACCACAAACCAAGGGAGUAAGUCCAGCAGAGAGAAAAAACCUUCGGGCUCACCGCAGAGACUGAAUGCUUCUCCGACGCUCCUGGUUGAGCGCUGGACGAUUGAAAAACUGUGGACCAAUAGGGAGAGAGAGCAAAUAGGUCUAGCAAUUUCUUUUUCCAAACCACCCUUAAGAUUGUUUACUACUCCAUCUGGACCAUACUGUAUGUGAUAGGCAUGAUGUGAAAUUAGAAUACCCUUUUUGUAAGUAAUGCAAGUGUGCAAGUAAAAUAUGAAUCUUUGGCAUGGGCUAAUUGUGGGCGAAAGGUGAGUUAUAUUCUACCACUGAGAGAUAUUUUUAAAGGUUUGCUUGUUUUUUUUAACCAGUCAAUUUGUAAACAGAUAGCUUGGGAAGACUUUUGUAUGCUUUUUAUGGUGCUCGCAUUCAGUACAAUGGAUGCAUUUUAAUGAAACAGUGUUUUUGCCUCCAUUAGAUUUUGUACUGUACUUCUGUAAAUUAUCACAUGGUAAUUAAAAAAAGUUACAAAAAACUUU